CAACAUUGAUAUAGACUCAUGCAAACAGUUAAUUAAAUUAUCAUGCAAUUUACUUUAAUCAACUGAACAUAGUGAUUGGUAAAAACAACUAUAAAAUCUAUUGAUAUCCAUCAAUUGAUAGAAUCGACUUUGAGCUAGCUGUACUCUAUAUAAACCAUCAGAUUCCUCCAAAUUUCUGUUCAAUUCAUUCAUACACAAUCUAGCUACCUACAAUCCUUCAAUUCAGCCGAGCCCAAAUGGGUAACAGUUGUUCUUCAUCAUCGUCUUCCUCGUCGUCUCUCGUAAUCACGAGGUCUACUAAAAGAAAAUCAGACAAACCAGCCGUCGCCGGAGUAGCCAUUCUGGUAAAAUUGGACGGGAAAGCGCAAGAGUUCUGGCAACCGGCGGUAAGAGCCGGCGACAUUCUCUCGGAGAACCCAAACUGCAUCCUCUGUAGCUCCGAGGCAUUGAACGUCGACUCGCCGGUGGAGCCCUUGGCCGGCGACGAGGAAUUGCAGCUCGGCCAGCUCUACUUCCUUCUCCCGAUCGGGAAGUCCCACUUGCCGCUCUCUCUCCACGAUUUGUGUGUUUUGGCCGUCACGGCCAGCGCCGCCCUCGGUGAUCGGAGAUUGAACGUCGUGAGAGAAAGCCGGGUCCCGGCGGGCGGAGGAGGAUUCUCAGCCGAGGCACUGGUGGCGGCGGGAGAUGCGGCGUCGUUUGGGUGGUUCAUCAAGAUGGUUGUGGCCAGCAAAAAGUUGACUUCUGUCCUCUUUGAGCCAAAAUCGUCGUAUUGCAUUGAAUUGUUAAAUUAGGAUAUGAGUCAAAUAGAUAACAAACGGAGCAAGAAAAAUUACCCCAUUAGUAUUUGAUUUGACUGUCCCUUUCGCGUGAAUUUGUGGUGUACUAUGAACACCCAUUGAUUAAUUCUUUUACUCCCUCCGUUUUUUAAUAAACUUCACACUUUCCUUUUUGGGACGGUCUAAAAUAAACUUCAC